GGCAUGGAGUUCCGCGGGGCCUCUCCUCUGCCGCCUCUCCCUUGGCCGGGGGGAGACUUUGGCCUCGGCGCGCCUGCGGGGAAGAGCUCCCCUGUGUCCUUUGAGGAGGUGGCCGUGUUCUUCACGGAGGAGGAAUGGGAUCUGCUGGAUCCAGGCCAAAGAAAACUCUACUGGGAGGUGAUGGAGGAAAAUUACCAGACCCUGGCCUCCCUGGUUGCAGAUAGGAGAGAGAUGCCAAGUGAGAAGGAACCAGGAAGAGUUACUGUGGAAAGGGAGGAAGACCUUCAUACGGAAGUGAAAUCUGGAAAUCAGUUGGUACAAGAUAGGCAAUGCAGAUGGAAAAUGGAAGUGACGCAGAAGCAGUGGAAGGGAUUGGUUGCCUGUCAGAGCAGGAAGAUGCAGGAGGCCCCAGUCCAAGAUGAAACGCAGAUGAGAACGAGGAGGCAGAAGGGUCCCGUGAUGGAGGAAAAGUUCAGCUGCAAAUUCAGUCUGAAAAAAUAUCAGAAAGUUAAAACACAGCAAAAAAGACAUAAAUGCUUGGAGUGUGGAAAGAGCUUUUACUACAAUAGCAGCCUAAAAGCACAUCAAAGGAUUCACACAAGGGAGAAGCCGUAUAAAUGCUUGGAGUGUGGAAAGCGCUUCUCUGAGACUGGUACCCUAACUAAACAUCAAAGAAUUCACACUGGGGAGAAGCCAUAUAAAUGUUUGGAGUGUGGAAAGAGCUUCUCUUACAGUAGUUCCUUAACUAAACAUCAAAGAAUUCACACAGGGGGAAAGCUGUAUAAAUGCUUGGUGUGUGGAAAGAGCUUUUACUUCAAUAGCAGCCUAAAAGCACAUCAAAGGAUUCACACAGGGGAGAAACCGUUUAAAUGCUUGGAGUGUGGAAAGAGCUUUUCUCAGAAUGGCAGCCUAACUGCACAUCAAAGGAUUCACACAGGGGAGAAGCCAUAUAAAUGCUUGGAGUGUGGAAAGAGCUUUUACUGCAAUAGCACCCUAAAAGCACAUCAAAGGAUUCACACUGGGGAGAAGCCGUAUAAAUGUUUGGAGUGUGGAAAGACUUUUUCUCGGAAUGGCUUCCUAACGGCGCAUCAAAGAAUUCACACAGGGGAGAAGCCAUAUAAAUGCUUGGAGUGUGGAAAGAGCUUCUCUUGCAGUAGUUCCCUAACUAAACAUCAAAGGGUUCACACUGGAGAAAAGCCAUAUAAAUGUCUGGAGUGUGGAAAGAGCUUCUCUUGCAGUAGUUCCCUAACUAAACAUCAAAGGAUUCACACAGGGGAAAAGCCAUAUAAAUGCUUGGAGUGUGGAAAGAGCUUUUGCCGUAAUGGCUACCUAACUGAGCAUCAAAGGAUUCACACAGGGGAGAAACCAUAUAAAUGCUUGGAGUGUGGAAAGAGCUUUUCUCAGCGUGGCAGCCUAACUCUGCAUCGAAAGAUUCACACAGGUGAGAAGCCAUAUAAAUGCUUGGAGUGUGGAAAGAGCUUUUCUGACACUAGUACACUAACUGUGCAUCAAAGGAUUCAUAUGGGAGAAAAGCUGUAUAAAUGCUUGGAAUGUGGAAGGAGUUUUUCUCAGAAUCACUACUUAAUUGCACAUCAAAGGAUUCACACAGGGGGGAAGCCAUAUAAAUGUUUGGAGUGUGGAAAGAGCUUCUCUGAGACUAGUAACCUCAUUAAAUAUCAAAGAAUUUACACGGGGGAGAAGCUGUAUAAAUGCUUGGAGUGUGAAAAGAGUUUUUCUCAAAAUGGUCACCUAACUGAUCCUCAAAGGAUUCAUACAAGGGAGAAGCCAUUUAAAUGCUUGCAAUGUGAAAAGAGCUUCUCCUACAAUAGUAGUUUAACUGUGCAUCAAAGGAGUCACACAGGGGAAAAGCCAUAUAAAUGCUUGGAGUGUGGAAAGAGCUUUUCUCGGAGUGGCCUCCUAACUGUGCAUCAAAGAAUUCACACAGGGGAGAAGCCCUAUAAAUGCUUGGAGUGUGGAAAGAGCUUUUCUCGCAGUGAUAAUCUAACUGCGCAUCAAAGAAUUCACACAGGAGAGAAGCCAUAUAAAUGCUUGGAGUGUGGAAAGAGCUUUUCUAGGAGUGGCCUCCUAACUGUGCAUCAAAGAAUUUGCACAGGGGAGAAGCCAUAUAAAUGCUCAGAGUGUGAAAAGAGCUUUUCCUCCAAUAACAGCCUAACUGAGCAUCAAAGGAUUCACACAGGGGAGAAGCCAUAUAAAUGCUUGGAGUGUGGAAAGAGCUUCUCUUGGAAUUAUCGCUUAGCUGCGCAUCAAAGGGUUCACACAGGGGAGAAGCCAUAUAAAUGUUUGGAGUGUGGUAAGAGCUUUUCACAGAAUGGCCUCCUAUCUGAGCAUCAAAAGAUUCACUUGGGGGGGGAGAAACCAUAUAAAUGCUUGGAGUGUGGAAAGAGCUUUUUCCGCAGAUGCCAUCUAACUGUUCAUCAAAGGAUUCACACGGGGGAACGGCCGUAUAAAUGCUUGGAGUGUGGAAAGAGCUUUUCUCAGUUUGGGACCCUAACUGCACAUCAAAGGAUUCACACAAGGGAGAAGCCAUAUAUAUGUUUGGAGUGUGGAAAGAGCUUUUCUCAGCUUAGCAGCCUAUCUUCGCAUCAAAGCAUUCACACAGGGGAGAAGCCAUAUAAAUGCUUGGAGUGUGGAAAGACCUUUUCUCAUAAUGGCAGCCUAACUGAGCAUCAAAGGAUUCACACAGGGGAGAAGCCAUAUAAAUGCUUGGAGUGUGGAAAGAGCUUUUCUCAGCUUAGCAGCCUAACUGUGCAUCAAAGGAUUCACACAGGGGAGAAGCCAUAUAAAUGCUUGGAGUGUGGAAAGAACUUUUCUCACAGUGGCGGCCUAACUGCUCAUCAAAGGAUUCACACAGGGGAGAAGCCAUAUAAAUGCUUCAAGUGUGAGAAGAGCUUUUCUCAGCAUAGGCACCUAACUGAGUAUCAAUGGAUUCACACAGGGGAGAAGCCAUAUAAAUGCUUGGAGUGUGGGAAAAGCUUCUCUAGGAAUAGCAGUCUAACUGUGCAUCAAAAGAUACACACAGGGGAGAAGCCAUAUAAAUGCUUGGAGUGUGGAAAGAGCUUUUCUCGAAAUGGCAGACUAACUGUGCAUCAAAGAAUUCACGCAGGGGAGAAGCCAUAUAAAUGUUUGGAAUGUGGAAAGAACUUUUUUCACAAUGGCAGCCUAACUGUGCAUCAAAGAAUUCACUCAGGGGAGAAGCCAUAUAAAUGCUUGGAAUGUGGAAAGAGUUUUUCUCAGAAUUACCGCUUAACUGUGCAUCGAAAGAUUCACUCAAGGAAGAAGUCAUAGAAAUAUUUGGAGUGUGGAAAGCUUUUCUCAGAGUGGCCUCCUAACUGAGCAUCAAAGGAGUCACACAGGGGAGAAGCCUUAUAAAUGUUUGGAGCGUGGAAAAAGUUUCUCUCGGAAUCACCAUCUAAAUGCGCAUCAAAGGAUUCAUGCAGGGGGAAAGCCAUAUGAAUGCGUGUCAAUUUGAAAGACCUAUGCCUCUAGCUCAGGAGUGGCCAAACUGCAGCUCAGGAGCCACAUGUGGCUCUUCUAGACAUAUUAUGUGGCUCCCAGUGGUCUCGAGUAUCGCCAUGGCCUUACAUUUUAGUUUAGUUUAGUUUAUUUCCCUCCUUUUCCUCCCUUUCCUCCUUUCUUUUCAUGUCUUUCCCUCCCUUUCCUUCUUUCUUUCCAUGUCUUUCCCUCCCUUUCCCUUUUUCUUUCCUUCUUUCCAUGUCUUUCAUAUUUUCAAUAAAAAUGUUGAGAUUGCCAGGUCUGACUCAGAAAAUACCUGGGGACUUUGGGGGUGAAGCCUAGCAAGGAUGUGACAUCACUUUCAUGAUGUUACUUCCAAGUCAAAGGUCAGGUGAUGGCUCUUCCCAAGCUCCACCACUUCUGAUGAUGUCACUUCCAGCAUACUGCACCCAAACCCCACCCCUUCCUGUGAUGUCACUUUCAGGACACUCCCCCAAACCCACCUCUUCACCUGAAGUCCCUUCAAUACAUCAUGUCUUGUGGCUCUCAAAAAUCUGACAUUAAUUCUAUGAGGCUCUUAGAUUAAACAAGUUUGGCCACCCCUGCCCUAGCUGCUCUCUUACCUUACCUCAAAGAAAGCCACCUAAUCGCAGUUAGCUUUCUUCUCGUCAGUCUUUCAACAUUCUCCACGUGUAGUCAUAAGGAGAACUGAAUUCCACCUGGAUUCAUUCUGUUUUUCCAUUACUUGUUUUGUAACAUUUACCAAUUUUGAUUUUUUUAGGUUGUUUGAUAGAUUUUGUUCUGUUACAUCAAAAUUGAACUGUUAUUUCAUUUAUGGACAAGGGUUGUUACAUAUCUGUUACCUCAAUGUAACUUUUCUUUUGGCAUUUGAGAGCAUGAAUAUAUCAAACACAUUUAUCUUUGGUUGUUGUGGAUUUUCCGGGCUGUAUGGCCGUGGUCUUGGCAUUGUAGUUCCUGACGUUUCGCCAGCAGCUGAGGCUGGCAUCUUCAGAGGUGUAGCACCGAAAGACAGAGUGGUAAGCUGCAGUACUGCAAUCGAAGCUCUGCUCAUGACCUGAGUUCGAUCCUGGUGGAAGCCGGGUUCAGGUAGCCAGCUCAAGGUUGACUCAGCCUUCCAUCCUUCCGAGGUCGGUAAAAUGAGUACCCAGGUUCCUGGGGGUAAAGUGUAGAUGACUGGGGAAGGCAAUGGCAAACCACCCUGUAAAAUGUCUGCCAAAAACUUUUUGUGAUGUGACAUCCCCCCAUGGGUUAGUAAUGACUUGGUGCUUGCAAAGGGGACUACCUUUACCUUAGCGAAAAUGGUCACAUGGCCAG